AAAUAAAAUGAAAUAGAGGAAAUUAGAGCGAGAGUAACGAAAACCUAUACAAAAGGGUAAAACGCUUCUCAUUUUCGGCCAGUAGCCUCCAUCCCCAAAAUUGAAGUUUUUUAUCACUGCCAUUAACGAAUCUCCAGAAUCUAAAGAUGUUCAGGCAAGCCUCACGCCUCUUGGCUCGAACCACCGCAUUGACCAGGUCUCGAGCAUUCUCUUCCGAAGUCCCUGCCACCCCCGCCGUCGACUCUACCUUCAUCGAUUCAUGGAAAAAAGUCAUACCAAACAUGGAACCACCCAGUACUCCAUCGUCUUUCAUGGUCACUCGCCCACAAACUCCCACCUCCAUUCCUUCAAAGCUCACUGUCAACUUCGUUCUUCCCUACGCAUCUGAGCUUUCCGCCAAGGAGGUUGACAUGGUCAUUAUUCCAGCAACAACAGGUCAAAUGGGUGUUUUGCCUGGGCAUGUACCCACAAUCGCAGAGCUAAAGCCAGGGGUCCUAUCAGUUCAUGAAGGGAAUGAGACUAAGAAAUAUUUUCUUAGCAGUGGGUUUGCAUUUAUUCAUGCAAAUUCAGUAGCUGACAUAAUCGCAGUUGAGGCUGUGCCAGUUGACCACAUUGAUCCAAACUUGGUCCAGAAGGGGCUUGCAGAAUUCACUCAGAAGCUGAGUUCUGCUACCACAGACUUGGAGAAAGCUGAAGCUCAGAUAGGUGUUGAUGUUCACAGUGCACUCAACUCUGCUCUCACAGGCUAAAUGGUUUUAUUCUGCCUCAAGAUUUUCUCAUUUUGUUACCUCUUUUGAGCUUCAUUGAACUGUUCGGCCUUCCAUCCAUCAGGCUGGCCACUUAGAUUUCUGAAAGGUAUUAUUACCUUGAUCCACAGAAGGCUAAAAUAAAUUUAAGAAAACAAGAAUCUCAACCUUGUUCAAUGUUUGCUUUUCUAUCCAAAAAAACAGAUCUUGCACUUCGCUUCCA